AAGAAGCACACUGAUUUAUAAAUAGGACUUCUUCAGAGGACUUGCUAUCUUCAGCCCUGAUCGUGCAAUUCAGAAGUGAUUCACAGAUAACAAUGGCAACAGUUGCAUGCACCCACACUUAGUUUUUCUGCAUCCCCAUAACUCAAAUGCAAACAUCUGUCCUAGCAAGGGACCCAAAAACCCCACAGAUGACAGUGCUCCUUGCUUUCCCUCGCUCCGGUGGCUCUGGGCAAGGUUCACAGAGUGCCCCCAGUGGACCCAGCCCCUCAACUGCCCUUUUAAAGACAAACAAGGUUCUGUGGAUAGACGUGAUUUCCUUUAUUAGACGAACUAUUAGUUGGAAAAAUUGUUCUUUACAAGCUUUCGGGUACAAACACCUUUCUUCAGGCCUUUUAAAUACACUUCUUGGCUGUCCCUGAUGCUCGGCUCACGACCAGAUACAAUGCAGGCACCGCGCACAGCCCCAGUCCCACAGAAGAGCGCUGUGGGCCCGCGCCCCUACCCCAACGCCGCUCGCUCCGGGUCACAGCUGCCAUGCGAAAUCAAGAAGCCACCAGUGGCCCCAAAACCAAAAUUUGUGCUAGGACACAAAGCAACACCUCCUCCCCCUGUUGCCCCUAAGCCAGAUAUUGGGCUUUCUGGUGUUAUGCAAACAACAAGGAAAACAAAACCAGUGAUAGCGCCAAAACCGAAGGUUCUCAAGAGCUCGUCCAUUCCAGAAGUGAGGCCUCCAUCAUCUUUAAGAAAAAGCACCAAAAGCUUAGAAGAGCACAAAGGAGAUUCUUCUGAAACUCUAGAUCACCUAAACUAUAAGAAUGGAGCCCCAGGAGAAGAUACCAGGAAUACUACUUACAUCAUACCAGUGUCUUCAUGCAAUUUUGAAUGCCUUCAUAAGCUUGGGAAUGGUGAGAGUACAUGUAAAACUCAGAUAACAUUUGAACACUUUGAAAAUUUAGAGAACAUCAAACUGGGUGAACAAAAUGCAUCACCUAUGAGAAACAGGGCACAGAGUGAAAAACUGGCAAAUAGAAAUCAUGUAGUUUUAAAGGCCAAUUUCCUGGAAGAGAAACUUAAAGAUGUUUUGACACAAAGUGUAUUUCCUAAUAGCAGUCCUUUGAGGCACAGGUGUACAGAUAAACUUGAAAGGGGUAAUAACAGUGAAGUUAAAAUAGAGUUUACAGAUCUUGUACAAUCUUCUGUGUUUGAAGAAGCCACAGGUAAACAACAAAAUAACCACAAUAAGAUAGCUGCUGAUGAGUUUCAAAUGACUGAAACCUGUACUCAUUUGACUCAAAACAACUACAAUUUCUCUUGCCCGGUGGACCAAGAAAACCUGGAGAAUGUCAAAGUAAAUAGUAAUAUCGCAGUUUCGGGUGGAGUUGGUAUGAAAACAGAUGGUGAUAAACAUGCAUCUUCCCCAGAAAUAUGUUCGACGCCUAGCUUAAAAGUGCUUCCAGUUCCAAAACCAAGAAAAACACGGGCUGCAUGUCUUGUACGUCAGGAUGGCAUAGAUGCGAUAGGAGAAGCAACGAGAGAACCAGUAUGUUCAGAGGGUAAUUCCUUUGGCCCUCCUGAACACAACUUUAAGAAAACUGCAAAAAUAAAUGUUAUUAGUCAGAGUGUUUCAUAUAAUGAUCAUCUGGAAAAUGUGCAUCAGGCUGAUAAAUCUGAGAGAGUGCAUCCAGGGAAGGAACCUACUGACACUGAAGAGUUAGCUUCACAAAAUCUUGUUCCUCAGGUUCUGCAUGAAAUUUCUAACCUGGUAGAAAAUGUUGGACAUUCCUUAGACGAAGACCUUAAUUUAAUAAAUCCUGCAGAUAAAAUAACAGAUGAUGCUAGUAUGCUGGCUGCUGUGGAUAAAAGGACUAAUUUUAUAAGGGCUAAUACCCUGUCCAUGAGUUUGCCUAAGCAACUCAAAUUGGCUUGCAAUCAACACUUCCCAGCCUCCAAUAGCCUUGAUAUUUAUGCACACAAAACAGGAGAUAAAGAGAUUAAUGUAAAAGAUGAAAGUUCACCAAGGAUUGCUCCAAAAAAGCCACAAAGACACAGUAUACCCGCUGCUGGACUGCUGAAGAAAGCUGCGUCAGAGGAGCUUAUUGAGAAAAGUUCUUACGUUUCUAGUGAAGACAAAAAAUCUGGAAGUGUUCUAGAAGGAGCUCGCAUAAGGCACACAUCAGCCAAAGAACAAGACCUGUCAUCUUCCUGUGAUGUACCCAAACGUGCUUCAGAGAAACCGGUCUGGAAAUUACCUCGUCCUAUUCUGCCUUUUUCAGGCAAUCCAGAGUCAUUAAAAAUGGCCAAUAUUGCCACAAGCUACGAACUUCCAACUGCUGUGACCAAGCCCAGAGCCAAAUCUCUGUCCUCUGUGGAUAUGGAUAGAAUACAUAAGCCUUCCAAAGACCCUCAGAAGAAAAAUUCUCUGAAGAAGUUUCUCAAUAUGAAACUGUCAGUUUGCAUUAUGAAAAGUGACUUCCAUAAAUUUUUGUCCAAAGGAAGUCAGUCCCUGGAUGGUGCUAUAUCCAGCCUUUCUAUGGGGGAAGGGAACAGGGUUGGAAACAGCCAGAAUGUAGCAUUCACAGCAAAUGAAAGGAAAACUAAAUCUGCUAAGGCACAUUCUGUAGAAACGGGCAGCCCAGUAUCACAAAAGAAAAGACAUAGACACAGGAGUCAGCAUGAGACAUCAAGUAGUCAAAGGACAGCGUCUUUAGAUGAACAAAUAUUAUCUGUGGAGCAGUUAUCGCAAACAUGCUUGAAUUAUCCGCCAAGCAGUUGUGCACCAGAACAUGGAAAUGUGCCUCACUAUGAAGAUAUCCCAGAGUAUGAGAACCUACCUUUUGCUGCAGGUUAUGCUAAAAGUCCAUGUUUUGAAUGGCAGAACUCCAGCAGUGUAGAAUACCAUGGAAUACAUGUAUAUGAGGUAGAAGAACCAUAUGAAGCUACAAACAACCAUUCAAGAUGUCACAGGCCCUCAGAAGAACAUCAUGAUCAUCCCAGUGUGGCAAUGGGAGAUCUUCAGUCAGAUGAUGAGAUCAUGAACAGCUCUGAUGAAGAUGACGACACGAACUCUGAUUCCAGCAAAGGGGAACUUGAUCCUCAAGAUAAGCAGAGUAAGGCAGCUGAAAAGAAAACAAAAGUUUACCAUAUCGCUAAAGAGAUCAUGAGCUCAGAAAAAGUGUUUGUGGAUGUGCUAAAGCUCUUGCACAUUGAUUUCCGAGACGCAGUGGCACAUGCCUCCAGGCAACUUGGAAAACCAGUAAUUGAGGACAGGAUCCUGAAUCAGAUCCUUUACUACCUACCUCAGCUGUAUGAACUCAAUCGGGAUCUAUUAAGAGAAUUGGAAGAGAGACUGUCUCACUGGAUUGCUCAUCAGAGAAUUGCUGAUAUAUUUGUGAAAAAAGGACCCUACUUGAAAAUGUAUUCAACUUAUAUCAAAGAAUUUGAUAAGAACAUUGCAUUACUAGAUGAACAAUGCAAGAGGAACCCUAGUUUUGCUGCUGCUGUUAAAGAUUUUGAGAUGAGCCCUCGCUGUGCUAGUCUAGCACUCAAGCACUAUCUCCUCAAGCCAGUUCAAAGGAUUCCUCAGUACAGGCUGCUAUUGACAGAUUAUUUAAAGAAUCUUUUAGAGGAAUCUGCAGACUAUAGGGAUACUCAAGAUGCUUUGGCUGUUGUCAUAGAAGUAGCCAACCAUGCUAAUGACAUCAUGAAACAAGGCGAUAACUUUCAAAAGCUUAUGCAGAUUCAGUACAGUUUAAAUGGACACCAUGAGAUUGUACAACCAGGAAGGGUCUUCCUGAAAGAAGGAACAUUGAUGAAGCUGUCCAGGAAGGUCAUGCAGCCACGAAUGUUUUUUCUGUUUAAUGAUGCCCUGUUGUAUACAACUCCAGUACAAUCUGGCAUGUAUAAACUCAACAAUAUGCUUUCAUUGACUGGAAUGAAGGUUAGAAAACCAACCCAUGAAGCUUACCAGAAUGAGUUGAACAUAGAAAGUGUAGAGCGAUCCUUUAUUCUGUCAGCGAGUUCUGCUACAGAAAGAGAUGAAUGGUUAGAAGCCAUUUCUAGGUCAAUUGAAGAAUAUACGAAGAAGAGAAUCACUUUUAACCCUAGCAGAAGUCUUGAAGAGACAGAUCCAGAAAAAGAGGAGGAGGAUAGUCCUCUUGGAUCAAAGGCUCCUAUCUGGAUUCCAGAUACCAGAGCCACUAUGUGCAUGAUCUGUACAAGUGAAUUCACAUUGACCUGGAGAAGGCAUCACUGCAGAGCAUGUGGAAAGAUUGUUUGUCAGGCCUGUUCAUUAAAUAAACAUGGCUUAGACUAUAUGAAAAACCAACCAGCAAGAGUAUGUGAUCAUUGCUUCAGAGAACUACAGAAACAAGAUAACCAGUGCACUCCAAAGAGUGGAUCUCCAGUGACCCAUAAAUCUCCAUCCAGUGCCUUGUCAACAGUAUUGCAUAGUAUUCCAUCUGGAAGAAAACAGAAAAAGAUUCCUAUACAAGAUUCUUUUAUUGCUUUGUCUCCUUAUUGCCUGUGGAAAGAGGGAACUCUAGAAGAAACUGUGUGGAAGGUUUCAGCAAAUACAGAAGACUCCACGAUGAGUGGUUAUUUAUAUAGAUCUAAGGGCAGCAAGAAACCAUGGAAACACCUUUGGUUUGUCAUUAAGAAUAAGGUGCUAUACACAUAUGCUGCCAGUGAGGAUGUAGCUGCAUUAGAGAGUCAGCCUUUACUGGGAUUCACAGUCACUGAAGUAAAGGAUGAGAACUCAGAUUCUAAAGUCUUCCAUUUGCUGCACAAAAACACUUUAUUUUAUAUAUUCAAAGCUGAUGAUCCCCAUUCAGCUCAAAAGUGGAUAGAAGCUUUUCAAGAAGGCACUGUAUUGUAGUGACUUCAACACCAUCUCACCGUCUAAAGGAGCAAAAUGUUGAAGUAUGAUAAUAAACAGAGUAUAGCAACUCUGUUUAAAAAGAAUAUGGAAUUCUGCUAGAAUCAACCUAAACAAAAUUGUAUAUUUAUCAAAAUUAGGGAAGUUGUUGCCUUUUUUUUAGGUGUAAGGUCAUAUUUUUUUAAAGAAAUGUGUGUAUUUGUUUUUCAUACGAUGUGCUAUUUAUUAAAUUCCAAUGUUUACUUAAUGGUCAGAAUCAUUUCUGAGAUUCAUAUGAAAUUCCAAAGUGCCCUUGUGUUUAGAAUAGUGGAUAGCUUUGUCAGAGAACUGUUAGUAAGUUUAUAACAAACCACAAAAAAAACCCAAACCAUGCAUGAACACACACACAUACUACACUCUUUGCUGCAGCAUAUCUUUUGUGCAGUUCUUGAAUUGCUGAUACACAUUUGCAAUUUAACAAUAAAAGUUAAAAAACAAAAAACCGCCGACAUUUCAAAAGUGGUUAUAUGUAGACACUUGUUCAGUUACAUUAACUCUUUUGAGAAGAAGUCAUUUAGCUGAGAUGCUGCUCUUUAAGAGUCUCAGUCCCAUGGGACACUGCUGUUGAUCCAUACAGCCACUUUCUACAUCAUGUAGGCCCUGAAAAUUAAGGCUGCUACUUUGUAUAAGCUUCUGUAACAGAAGCAAACAUUUCUAAUAAGGUAUUGCCUCAGUUAUUAAAGGAAGAGGAAAGGAGGAAAAAAUCAAUGUAUCUUUCUUUGUUAUGUAGCCUACAGUUCUUGAACUUAUGUACCACAGCUGUUAUCAAAUUGUGGAUGCCAAAGGUAUAUUAAUGUAUUGUCUAACAAGAAAUGGCAAGGGAAAUUCUUUCAAAUUUCAGUAGGAUUAUAAAGCACAGCCAAAUAUUCAUUUUUUUGGUAUGUGGGUGAAAGAUGAAACCUCUUACCACCAAUUGUUUCAAAAGCCAUUUGAUGCCAUUGCCAGUUCCAUUUUUAAAUGAUGGGUCUGAAUAUUUUGAAAACUGAAAAUAUUAUACAUAUAACUAUUUAAACUGAAAUCAUCAUAUCAAGAAAGCACAAUAAUUUUAGUGAAAGUGACUUUAAAAAUGUGUACCAUUCAUUUUAGUGCCCUUUGUUCACACUAUUGGGUAACUUCUGCUUGACACUUUAAACUCCAGUCUUCCAGCUGUGUGUGUGAUGGGUGGUUUUGUUGUUGUUUGGGUGUGUUUGUUUGGUUUUUUUUAAAUUGUCAGUACACCUCAUUAGGAAACCCUUAUACUGAUUUUUUUUUUUCCCUGCAUAUAUGCUAUUUAUUUUUUUUAAACUGUGUGUCUCUGUGUAUAACAUGAAUGGAACUAACACUAUGAAAAAUCAAGAAAAGCCCAGGGGAAUAGUAUUUACAUAUAAAAUAGGAAGCUUGUGUAUAGCCAUCCAGUUCAUUUUUACUGUGUGUAAACCUAAAAAGAAAAGAUCAUCUGGAUGAGUGUGGGUUUUGGUAAUGGUAUUAAGAACUGUCCUUUUGGUUGUUGAUUCAAAUCUAUGCCAAUAGGUAGCUGAUGGAUAUUACCAAUUAUGGCCUUAUUUACAAAAGGGAAUUUUAGAAAAACCUUCUCCCUUGAUUUAUUAGUUCUCCUGUAGCAGUGGGAGUCCUAAUAUAGACAUGGCUUUGUAAACUCCUGAUGUGAUUACCAGCGUGUUGAUUAAAGCUCCAGUUCAGGACAGUUUUUAAAGUUGUGACUAAUUUUAAGAAUCUGAGCGCUACCUCCCCAACCAAUUUUGAUAGGAUUGAUCGCAUGCUUGAAGAUAGGCCCAUAUUUAAACAUCUUGAUGAGUCAAGGACUUAACUGGAUUUGACUGAUUUAAUGGUAAAAUGCUAGAAGCUUUUAUCUGUCCUAUAGCUUCUACUUGAUGAAGAUGAACUGAUGGCAGUGCUAGUGGAAAUUUUGUCUUUGCAAAGAUCCCAUAAUAUAAAACAGCUUAUAUCCAAAGGUUUUCUCUGUGAAAUGAACUGGUGGAUUCGCUCCGGUUCCCAGUAUGUGGAUAAUAUCACAAAAUAUAGGACCAGAAAUAGCAGCCAGUGGUCAUAACAGAGGAGCUAGAAACAUGGAAGCUAAUAUAAUUUCUUCCUUCUUGGUAGUACUCCUUCAAGAUUAAGACUAAGAUGUAUGCAUUGGGCAACUGUAGGGAUGUUUGUGUUGUUACAGUUCUUGUUCUGUUGGUAAAAGGUUUAGAGUAAUAAUUCAGCAAUGUACUUGAAUAUAUUCCUAACUUUUAGUGCACAAGUAGUUUCAUUGAUUUCAGUGCAUGAAUAGUUCCACUGACUUCAACAGAACUGAAAACUAAAAUAAAUCCAGUACAGAAAGGAAACUGAUUAAGUUUCAGUGUAUGUUUGUGUGUCACUCCCUCACUACAAAACAACCAACCAAAUGAAGUCAAUACACAGCAAGGAAUAUGGUGCAUGUAUCCUGCUUGAUAGGGUUUUACACCUGGCAGUAUCGCCUGAUCUGCUAUAUACCUCUGACUUGAUGCAGAGUAAAAGAACAUCUUCCAUGAGUUAUUGCUGAGGCAGUUGAGUGAAUCCAG